AGCAGAAUAAGGAGCAGCGUCGGUAGGGCUCGGAAGCGGAUCCAUUGUCAGUCGUCGGAUAGGGUUUCUGUGUACAAAUCACCUGACGUGGGGUUUGCGCUCAGAUAGGCAGCGGGCCAAGUAACCCCACAUUUCCAGCGCCCAAGACCGCAAACACUAAACAAGCAGCCCGCCUUUUUGUGGGGCACCGCCUGGCCGCAACCUGUCCCCGUUCUCACUAUUAAUAAUGCGCUGAUUCUCUUCCUCCCGGUCUCCAUCUUCCCCAUCUUCAUCAACAAUGUCUCCCGUCUCAAUCUACCCGAGCUCCAUCGACGAGCAGCGCAAGCUCAAGUGCAUCACAGUCGGCGCCGGCAUCUCCGGCAUCCUCGCCGGCAUCAGACUCCCCCAGUACAUCCCCAACAUCGACCUCACUAUCUACGAUAAGAACUCAGACGUUACCGGAACCUGGUACGAGAACAGAUAUCCUGGUGUUGCCUGUGACAUCCCCGCACACUCCUACCAGCUCUCCUUCGAGCCCAACCCGAACUGGUCCCACUUCUACGCCUCCGGCAAAGAGCUCCACGACUACUGGCAGGGCGUCGCCAACAAGUACGGCGUCACCAAGUACACCAAGCUCUCCCACAAGGUCACCGGCGCCGAGUGGAACGAGGACGCAAACAAGUGGUUCGUCACCGUCGAGAACCUCCUCACCAAGGAGUCCUUCAUCGACGACUGCGACAUCCUCUACGUCUGCGUCGGCACCCUCAACGACUGGAGAUGGCCCGACGUCAAGGGACUCCACGACUUCAAGGGCGAGCUUCUCCACAGUGCCGCCUGGGACGAGAGCUGGGAUGCAAAGGGCAAGAACGUCGCUGUCAUCGGCGCCGGCUCCAGUGCCAUCCAGAUCGUGCCUACUCUGCAGAAGGUCGUCAACAGACUCGACAACUACGUCCGCGGAAAGACCUGGAUCUCUCCUCCCUUCGCCGCCGCCGAGGUCGAGAAGCACACAUCAUCUGAGGCCAACUUCGAGUUCAGCGAAGACGAGCUCAAGCGAUUCAGAGAGGACCCCGAGUUCUUCCUCAAGUACCGCAAGGCCAUCGAGGAUGAGAUCCAGGGCGCUCAUCACACCACCUUCAUCGGCCCCGACUCUGACGCCGCCGCCGCUCUUUUCCUCAAAAACAUGGAAGUCAAGCUCGCCAACCGCCCUGAUAUCUUCAAGGCCCUCAUUCCUUCCUUCCCCCCUGGAUGCCGUCGUCUGACUCCCGGACCCGGCUACCUCAACAGCUUGGUCCAGCCCAACGUUAACUUCAUCACCACCGGAAUCGACCACAUCACCGAGACCGGCCUCGUCACCGUCGACGGUGUCCACCGUGAGGUUGACGCCCUGAUCUGCGCCACCGGCUUCGACACCACCUACACCGGUCGUUUCCCCAUCAAGGGCCGCAACGGCAAGCUCCUCAACGACCACUGGACUCCCUACCCGAGUAGCUAUCUCUCGAUCACCACCGACGGUUUCCCCAACCUCUUCACCUCCUUCGGACCCAACUCCGCUCUUGGCUCGGGCAGUCUCAGCAUGAUGCUUGAGAAGGUCUGCGAGUACGUCACCAAGACCGUCUCCAAGAUGGCCUACGAGAACAUCCUCACUGUCGAGCCCAAGAAGGAGGCCGUCGACAACUUUGUCGAGUACUGCCGCCAGUACUUCAAGAAGACCGUCUUCUCCAAGCCGUGCCGGUCAUGGUACAAGGGUGGAAAGAUGGAGGGUGACAUCAUUUCGCUCUGGCCUGGCUCGUCUCUCCAUGCUAUCUGGGCCUUCUCGCACCCAAGAUGGGAGGACUUCAACUACACCUACGUCGAGGGAAACCCGAUGGCCUGGUUCGGUGACGGCUGGACCGAGACCGAGCGACGAGUCGACGGCGACAGAUCAUACUACCUCAACCCUGAUCAGUUGGAUACCCCCCCUGUUGCCGCCUCAACCUCCAAGAGAGCUUAGAUGUUUAGAACAUUUAGAUAACAAAGAUUUUGUCAGAAGAAGGGUGUUUUGUUUUUGUUUGUAUUUUUCAUAAAGUUAAUGAUCAUUGUUUUGAGGUUCCAAGAAUCUGGGUUUUGCUUUUGUUCUUUAAAGUGUUGGUAAUUCAAUC